AUGAUGUACUCUAUCGAAAGUAUGGCAGAGGUGGAAAUGCACAAAAGGCAUCAUAAUAGGCUAUUCGAUAUCGCCGAAGUAAAAGUAUCUUCAUCACAGCUCAGUCUAUGGCUUAGAAAAGAACGUCACUAUGAUUCUCCUAAUGGAUCAAUUUUCCGCAUCCACCCACAUUCCACGUCUUCCCUCAAACGGAAAGUAGAACAAGUAAUAGAGGAAAUUGUUAAUCCAAGUGUAGGAUUUGCUUCCGAUCUUUCAAUCUGGGGUUGGGAUGAGAGGAGGACCGUGUGGGCGUCAAUCAUUAGCGAGGGUUCUACAUAUUAUAUCGCUGGUGUCAUCGUGACGGAGCCUCUUUUGUCAGCGCAGUGUUCGGUUACGGGAAAAACUAUACGUGAUGGCGAACCCAUUAUUGGUGUAAACCGUCUAUGGACGCAUUUUGCUGCAAGAAGGAAAGGCAUUGCUAGCGAAAUCCUUGACGUCAUCAGAAAAUGGUACUUCACUGGAGUGCUCGUGCUAAGAAAUAGGGUUGCGUUCAGUGAUCCAACUGAUCUUGGUAGGCAAUUUGCUGAACAUUAUUUAAGGAAAGAGGGACAGUCAAGCUCCUCCAUCCUUAUUUAUCAAGUCUCCAAAUGA